AACCUGAACCUGACAUAACCUCACAUUCGUUAAAGUAUUUGAAAAUGCAAAAUGUUGAGAACGUUUUAUUUAUUAAUCCAUAUCAUGGAGGUUCUCAUAAACAACUUAUUGAUACAUUAACUAAAUAUGUGGAUAAACCCACUACUGUUUAUUUAAAGCCAAAGAAAUGGCAUUGGAAAGCAAGAUGUUCUGGAUUUAUCCUAUCAGAUUUAAUACCACCAAUCAAAAAUGAGAAGGUUUUAUUUUGUACUUCUGUUUUAAAUCUAGCUGAAUUACUUGGGUUGAGACCAGAUUUAAAUGUUUUAAAGAAAGUUGUUUAUUUUCAUGAAAAUCAACUUGUUUAUCCUGUGCAAGUAAUGAAAGAAAGAGACGUUCAGUACCAAAUUAAUGAAAUAACAACUUGUUUAUGUGCAGACAUAGUUAUUUUUAAUUCAACUUUUAACCAACACUCAUUCUUAACGAAUAUAAAUAAAAUUAUUAAAAUAAUUCCCGAUUUUAAACCAAAAAAUAUAACAGAAAAGAUCAAAUCGAAAUGUAUCGUUUUAUAUUAUCCAAUAUCUUAUCCAAUUAUUAACAGAGAAAAAGAUAAUAGGCCAUCUAAGCUUCAUAUAAUAUGGCCACAUCGUUGGGAAUAUGAUAAAAAUCCGGAAAAAUUUUGUAAUACUCUCUUUAAAUUAAAAGAGUUUGGAAAAGAAUUUGUUGUAUCCUUUUUAGGAGAACAAUAUUCAGAAAUACCAGAAAUAUUUCUUAAAGCGAAAGAUACAUUAAAAGAAAAUAUUCUUAAUUAUGGCUAUAUACAGAAUAGAUGUGACUUUUUAAAUUAUUUAGGUAUGGGCCAUGUUGUCGUUUCAACUGCAGAUCACGAAUUUUUUGGUGUUGCAAUGUUAGAAUCAACAUAUUUAGGUUGUUAUCCUCUUGUUCCUAAUGAUUUAGUUUAUCCAGAAAUUUAUCCCAAGGAAUGUUUAUAUAAAAACGAAGAUGAAUUAUUUGAAAAACUUUCUGGUUUCUGUGAUAACCCUACAAACGCUUUGGAUGCUCGAAAACACUUAAAUAUUGAUCUUGAAAGAUUUUCUGAGGAAACUGUUAUUCCAAAAUUUCUUAAUGUACUUCAAAAUACUUAAUUACUUUUCCCAAACUGGAUGGAAUUGUAAAAUCACCAAGAUAUAUGUAAUUACCGUACUUGCAAUCUUUAAAAGAAAUUGAUGAGAAUAUAGGUUAGGUUCUAAAAGAUGAUGCUUACAGAUGCUGUUAAAGCUGCAUUAAUAUUAAACAUGUUUGAUUCGGUUA